UCCACUGGAAUAGGCACAUGAAGCAUUGGGAGGGAAUUUUGGAGUCGAAGACUUUCUUUUCCAAUAGCUGCCCCUACACUGUCACAUGCACUGCACAUUCAGCGACGAAAAGUCCUAGACGGUACCUCACAAAAAGGCCAGAUUACUACAAAUCGUGUAGUUGGAGGACUCAAUUGAUGCAAAAUUGA